CAAAAAAGAGUUUAUUAUGGCGAAACUAUUGAAGACCCUUCUCGUCGCCGCCGCGAUCAUAUUGUUCUUGUUUCCGGCGGCGGUGAUUGCCGACUGCACCUGCGAGGCGGAGGCGGAGGACCGCAACGAAGCCUUAGCGCUCAAAUACAAGCUGGCGGCGCUAGCAUCGAUUCUGGUGGCGGGCGCGGUCGGCGUGUGCCUCCCCGUGGCGGCGAAGCGGUUUCCGGCGCUGAGCCCGACGAGCAGCCUCUUCUUCGUGGUGAAGGCCUUCGCCGGCGGCGUGAUCCUAUCGACGGGGUUCAUACACGUGCUGCCGGACGCCUUCGAGAACCUGACGUCGCCGUGCAUCCCGGAGCACCCGUGGGGGGAUUUUCCGUUCACCGGGUUCGUCGCGAUGGUGGCCGCGAUCGGGACGCUGAUGGUGGAAAGUUACGCGACGUCGUAUUAUACGCGGCGGGCGAAUGUGAAGGAGGCCAUGAAGGACUGCUGCGGUGGCGACGAGGAGAUGUUGACUGUUCACACCCAUGCAACGCACGGCCAUGCACACGGGUCAGUGCCGUCGGAGGAGUCGGAUUCCGACGACGCCAAGCUUCUCCGCCACCGUGUCAUCUCACAGGUGUUGGAGUUGGGAAUUAUUGUACAUUCUGUGAUUAUUGGAAUAGCUUUAGGGGCUUCACAAAGUCCUAAGACAAUAAAGCCCUUAAUUGCAGCUCUCUCUUUCCAUCAAUUUUUCGAAGGCCUUGGUCUUGGUGGAUGCAUAACUCAGGCAAAGUUUCAUGUACGUGCAGUAAUAAUAAUGACGAUUUUCUUCUCACUUACAACACCAUCAGGUAUCGCUAUAGGUAUUGGAAUAGCCAAUAUUUAUAGCGAGACGAGCACGACGGCUCUCAUCAUCGAAGGCGUCUUCAAUUCUGCAUCGGCCGGCAUCUUGAUAUACAUGGCCUUGGUCGAUCUUCUCUCCGCGGAUUUCAUGAGCCCUAAACUCCAAAACAAUGGGAAGCUUCAAUUAGCUGCAAAUUUGUCACUUCUCAUUGGGGCAGGGGCUAUGUCUCUUCUAGCCAAAUGGGCUUAAACUUCUGUAUUUUUAUUUUCUAGAUUAGCAAAUUCACCCUUAAUUUUGGCCAAACUGGCUUAUUUAAUUUUUAGGAUAGUUUGUCAUCUUUGUUCUUAUUCACUAAUGUAUUUUUUAGUUGAUUCUUAUUCAUUAUUAUUA